AUGAAUAAUGGUUGGUUACAAGUUGAUAAAUCAUCUAAACCAGCACUAGUCAAACGCAAGGUUGAUAAUAUUCAUGAUGAAGUACGAGAUUUACUUAAACGUAUUCAAUCAUUACAAUUAUCUGAUUCAAAUGCUAAAGAAGUAGUUGAAUUAAAAAAAAGAAAAUUAGUUGAAGAUGUCGUUAUUAAUUAUUUUAUUGUUACAAAAUCAGUCGGAUUUUCUACAAAUAUAUCAAAAGGUGAAGCUGAAUUAACAGCUGAAAUGUUACAAACUGGUUCAUGGAAAACAUUACAUUUUAAACAAUAUAAUUUCAAUGCUAAAGGAAUGAUGCCAUCUUAUGGAUGUUUACAUCCAUUAUUAAAAGUUCGAACUGAAUAUCGACAAAUAUUUCUUGAAAUGGGUUUUACAGAAAUGCCAACAAAUAAUUUUGUUGAGAAUAGUUUCUGGAAUUUUGAUGCACUAUUUACUCCACAAAAACAUCCAGCACGUGAUGCACAAGAUACAUUUUUCUUAUCAGAUCCAGCUAUGACAACAAAACUUCCUGAAGAUUAUGUUAAUAAAGUUAAACAAGUUCAUUCAACUGGUGCUUUUGGUUCCAUAGGUUAUCAAUAUGAUUGGCAACUUGAAGAAGCACAAAAAAAUGUUCUUCGAACACAUACAACUGCUGUUAGUACACGAAUGCUUUAUAAAUUAGCACAAGAAAAAAUAUUUAAACCGGCAAAAUAUUUUUCAAUAGAUAAAGUUUUUCGAAAUGAAAAUCUUGAUGCAACACAUUUAGCUGAAUUUCAUCAAAUCGAAGGUUUAAUUGCUGAUUAUAAUUUAACAUUAGGUGAUCUUAUUGGUGUUCUUUAUGAAUUUUUUCGUAAACUUGGUAUGACUAAACUUCGUUUCAAACCUGCUUAUAAUCCAUAUACUGAACCAUCAAUGGAAGUUUUUAGUUAUCAUGAAGGUUUGAAAAAAUGGAUAGAAGUUGGAAACUCAGGAAUGUUUAGACCCGAAAUGUUACUUCCAAUGGGUCUUCCAGAAGAUGUAUCGGUUAUUGCUUGGGGUCUUUCACUUGAACGUCCAACAAUGAUUUUAUAUGGUAUCAAUAAUAUUCGUAGUUUAAUUGGACCUAAAGUUGAUUUAGAAAUGUGUCAACAAAAUCCACUUUGUCGCGUUACUGCUGCAACCGAUGAACAAUAA